UUUCCUGUGGGUAAACACAGACCCUGCCUCCCCUGGCCGCAUCUUGACAACUGGAAGCCGGUUUCCCUUUGCCUUUUGGGCUGCCUCUGAGGAAAGGAGGAUGGCGUUCAGCAAAGGCUUCCGAGUCUACCACAAGCUGGACCCCCCACCCUUCAGCCUCAUAGUGGAAACGCGGCAUAAGGAAGAAUGUCUCAUGUUCGAGUCUGGGGCUGUGGCCGUGCUCUCAUCUGCAGAAAAGGAGGCAAUUAAAGGUACAUAUACCAAAGUACUGGAUGCGUAUGGACUUCUGGGAGUUUUAAGAUUAAAUCUUGGGGAUACCAUGUUGCAUUAUCUGGUCCUAGUCACCGGAUGUAUGUCUGUUGGGAAAAUUCAAGAAUCUGAAGUUUUCCGAGUUACUUCCACUGAGUUUAUAUCACUCCGAGUUGAUGCUUCCGAUGAGGAUCGCAUUUCAGAAGUCCGAAAGGUUCUGAACUCAGGCAACUUCUAUUUUGCAUGGUCUGCCUCUGGAGUCAGCUUGGAUCUGAGUCUGAAUGCACACCGCAGCAUGCAAGAGCACUCGACCGACAACAGGUUCUUCUGGAAUCAGUCUUUGCACUUGCAUCUUAAGCACUAUGGUGUGAAUUGUGAUGACUGGUUAUUACGGCUCAUGUGUGGAGGUGUAGAAAUCAGAACAAUUUAUGCUGCCCAUAAACAAGCAAAGGCUUGCCUCAUCUCAAGACUAAGCUGUGAGCGAGCAGGGACAAGGUUUAAUGUCCGAGGAACAAAUGAUGACGGUCACGUUGCCAACUUUGUAGAAACGGAGCAGGUUAUAUACUUAGAUGACUGUGUUUCUUCCUUCAUACAAAUCCGUGGAUCUGUUCCAUUGUUCUGGGAGCAACCAGGGUUGCAAGUGGGAUCCCAUCGUGUCCGGAUGUCGAGGGGAUUUGAAGCAAAUGCACCUGCUUUUGACAGGCAUUUCCGGACACUUAAGGAUUUAUAUGGUAAACAGAUAGUAGUAAACCUGCUUGGAUCUAAGGAAGGCGAACACAUGCUAAGUAAGGCUUUCCAGGGUCAUCUGAAAGCCUCUGAACACGCUGCUGAUAUCCACAUGGUGUCUUUUGACUAUCAUCAAAUGGUUAAAGGAGGGAAAGCAGAAAAAUUACACAGUGUUCUCAAACCUCAAGUCCAGAAAUAUCUAGAUUAUGGAUUUUUUUAUUUUGAUGGCAGUGAAGUUAAAAGGUGCCAGAGUGGUACAGUUCGAACAAACUGCUUGGAUUGUCUUGAUAGAACAAACAGUGUGCAGGCAUUCCUUGGCUUAGAGAUGCUAACUAGACAGCUGGAUGCUCUGGGCUUGGCUGAAAAGCCUCAGCUGGUGACUCGCUUUCAAGAAGUUUUCCGGUCCAUGUGGUCUGUGAAUGGCGAUUCCAUCAGUAAGAUAUAUGCAGGCACUGGAGCCCUUGAAGGGAAGGCCAAGGCUGGGAAGUUAAAAGAUGGUGCCCGCUCUGUCACCAGAACCAUUCAGAACAACUUCUUCGACAGCUCCAAGCAAGAAGCCAUUGAUGUUCUGCUCCUGGGAAAUACUCUCAACAGUGACUUAGCUGACAAAGCCCGAGCACUUCUAACCACUGGAAGUUUGCGUGCAUCUUCCAAAGUCUUAAAGAGUAUGUGUGAGAACUUCUACAAAUACUCAAAACCCAAGAAGAUUCGAGUGUGUGUUGGAACCUGGAAUGUGAAUGGUGGGAAGCAGUUCCGCAGCAUUGCUUUUAAGAACCAGACGCUCACGGACUGGCUUCUGGAUGCUCCCAAGUUAGCUGGCAUCCAAGAGUUCCAAGAUAAAAGAAGUAAACCCACUGAUAUAUUUGCAAUUGGCUUUGAAGAAAUGGUGGAAUUGAAUGCUGGAAACAUUGUGAAUGCAAGCACAACAAACCAGAAGCUAUGGGCAGUGGAGCUGCAGAAGACCAUCUCCAGAGACAACAAGUACGUCCUGCUGGCUUCUGAGCAGUUGGUGGGCGUCUGCCUCUUUGUUUUCAUCAGACCACAGCAUGCCCCUUUCAUCAGGGACGUUGCGGUUGACACUGUGAAGACUGGGAUGGGGGGCGCGACUGGAAAUAAGGGAGCAGUUGCGAUUCGCCUGCUCUUCCACACCACCAGCCUCUGCUUUGUCUGCAGCCACUUUGCUGCAGGGCAGUCACAAGUCAAAGAGAGAAAUGAAGAUUUUGUAGAAAUAGCACGGAAGUUGAGUUUUCCCAUGGGAAGGAUGCUGUUUUCCCAUGACUAUGUAUUUUGGUGUGGUGACUUCAACUAUCGAAUUGAUCUUCCUAACGAAGAAGUUAAAGAGCUCAUAAGACAGCAAAAUUGGGAUUCUCUUAUAGCUGGGGAUCAACUCAUCAAUCAGAAAAAUGCGGGGCAGAUUUUUAGAGGAUUUUUAGAGGGAAAAGUGACAUUUGCUCCAACCUAUAAAUAUGACUUGUUUUCUGAAGACUAUGACACCAGUGAGAAGUGCCGCACCCCGGCAUGGACAGACCGAGUCCUCUGGAGAAGGAGGAAGUGGCCUUUUGACAGAUCAGCUGAAGAUUUGGAUCUUCUGAAUGCUAGUUUCCAAGAUGAAAGUAAAAUCCUUUACACAUGGACCCCGGGCACUUUGCUGCACUAUGGGAGAGCCGAGCUGAAGACUUCUGACCAUAGGCCUGUCGUUGCCCUGAUUGAUAUAGAUAUAUUUGAAGUUGAAGCUGAAGAGAGACAAAAAAUUUAUAAAGAAGUCAUUGCAGUCCAAGGCCCUCCAGAUGGCACAGUACUGGUCUCAAUCAAAAGCUCUACACAAGGAAAUAAUUUUUUUGAUGAUGCUUUGAUUGACGAGCUCCUGAAGCAGUUCGCACAUUUUGGUGAAGUCAUUCUCAUCAGAUUCGUAGAAGAUAAAAUGUGGGUUACAUUUUUGGAGGGGAGCUCUGCCUUGAAUGUUCUGAGCCUAAAUGGAAAAGAGUUAUUAAAUCGGACUAUAACAAUUACUUUAAAAAGCCCAAACUGGAUCAAGAAUUUGGAAGAAGAGAUGAGUUUAGAGAAGAUCGGUGUCACAUUGCCCUCAUCAACAAGCUCCACCCUGCUGGGGGAGGAUGCAGAGGUCGCAGCGGAUUUUGACUUGGAAGGUGAUGUUGAUGACUAUAGUGCUGAAGUAGAGGAGCUUCUUCCUCAGCAUCUGCAGCCCUUUUCAAGUUCUGGCCUUGGCACUUCUCCAAGCUCCUCACCCCGAACCAGUCCCUGCCAGUCACCUACAGUGCCAGAGUACUCCGCACCGUCUCUUCCUGUCAGACCAAUCCGUGCACCAUCAAGAACUCCAGGGCCUCCGAGUUCACAGGGUUCUCCAGGUGACACUCAGCCAACUGCCCAGAAGGAUCCUUUCCAGACCUUAGAGCCCAAGAGGCCACCCCCUCCCCGCCCAGUUGCUCCUCCAGCACGUCCUGCCCCGCCACAGAGACCACCUCCACCUUCAGCACCCAAAAGCCCGGGAACAACACGGAAAGAUAAUAUAGGGCGUAAUCAGCCUUCACCUCAAGCAGGACUUGCAGGCCCAGGGCCUGCCGGGUAUGCUGUAGCCAGGCCGACAAUUCCAGCACGGGCUGGAGUGAUCAGUGCCCCUCAGAGCCAGGCCCGGGCAUCUGCCGGAAAGCCAACCCCUGAAACCCAGAGCAAGCCUCCAGAGACAUCGAAAGGUCCAGCUGUCCUUCCAGAACCACUGAAGCCUCAGGCUGCAUUCCCUCUGCAGCCUCCUCUGCCCCCACCUGCUCAAAAGCUGCAGGAGCCUCUUGUCCCCGUGGCAGCACCCAUGCCUCCUUCUGGCCCUCAACCGAAUUUGGAAACCCCACCACAGCCCCCACCUCGGAGCAGGUCAUCGCAUAGCUUGCCUGCAGACUCCUCACCACAGCUGCAAGUAAAAACAAAUGGAGUCUCUGGUGUCAAACAAGAACCAGCACUGAAGAGUGAUCCAUUUGCAGCUCUCUCACUUAGUCUGCUUGCUGUAUCAAAGGCUCAGCUGUCUGAUCAGACCUCACCUGUUCUAACCCCAGACCCAAAGAUGUUGAGUCAGUUGCCUUCUUCAUCGCAAAGUAGUGUUAACUCUUUCAGUUCUGUAUGUUGCAUGCCAGCCAUGCCUCCAGUUCCAGCUCAGCUGUCUGAUCAGACCUCACCUGUUCUAACCCCAGACCCAAAGAUGUUGAGUCAGUUGCCUUCUUCAUCGCAAAGUAGUGUUAACUCUUUCAGUUCUGUAAGUUGCAUGCCAGCCAUGCCUCCAGUUCCAGCGCGGAGCAAGUCACAGGGAAGUAUGGAGGAGAACUUUGCAAACCGGUUUCCCUGCCUGCCCAGCAGGAACCCUUUUACAGACAGGACUGAUGCCCCUGGAAACCCAUUUAGAGUUCAGUCUCAAGAAUCAGAGGCAGCCUCUGGGCUGUCCAAAGAAGAGCCUGUUCCUGACAGCCCUCCUUUCCCUCCUCUCAUGCCUCUCAGUCAGGACACGAGCAAGCCGUCAACUUCACUUGAUGGUUUUGAGGACAAUUUUGACCUGCAGAGCCAGCCUACAGUAAAAGCAAGCAACCCCAAAGGAUGGGUAACCUUUGAGGAAGACGACAAUUUUCCUACAGCAGGGAAGUCCCAGUCAAUGUGCUCAUCAUUUGAUGAUGACUGGAAUAAAAGUGCAAAUGUUUCCUUCUGGGUGUUGCCAGCCAGAAGACCACCACCUCCUCCUGUCCCUCUGCUCCCACCCAGCACAAGUUCACCCUCUGCAGAAUCUUGCACAGCCCUGGCAUCUAAGGGGUCUCCCACACUGGACUUCACAGAACGAUAGUUACCUGACGGGAAGGGAGCUUGUGCUAGUUUGCUUUGGCUGUUUGAUUCUGUUCUGUUGAGGGUAGAGUAGGGAGAAUGGGGCAUUAGUUAUUCUUUAUGUGCAAUAAGUGAUCAUUAAGUGCACUGAUAGUUAUAUAAACACUAGAGGGUGUGGGCAGAGCUGGGGUUUGUAUAUACUGGAAAUAACAAAGACACCCUCUUAUUAACUGGAGUUCUGGUCUUUCUCUUUAGAUGAAUAGGAGAGAGCAGGAGCCAUUUUUAAAAAGUGCUUAAAACUACUUUAAAAAAUAGUCCUUACUCAGAAAUUCACAUAAAAAUCACAUAAGGCCAACACAACUAUAGCUGACAUUGCUGCCAGCCACUGUGCUGUUGACAAUUGGUAUUCUUGGGUAUUUACCAAAGAGCUUCCAGAGUUAUGGUGGAACAGUUCUGAAGGCAUUACUUCAGCAAAAAGGUCUGUGUGUGUACACAUUAUAUGUAUAUGUUUGUGUACACAGAGACAUACAUGUAGACAUUUACAUAUUUAUAAAACUUAAGUCUUGAGAUACAAUUCAGAUCAAAUUUUACCAGCAGCUCUGACAGUGUCCUUUUUUCAAUAUCUCAUUAUCAAAAAGAUGGCUGCCACUUGGCUGUGCUUCACGCACUUUGACUGAUUUUAAAUCCCAGAGCAGAGUAUCCGCUUUAUAGAACUGCCAUUUUUAUUAUUAUAUACUCCAGCCCUUCAGAUUCACCCUCAGUACUUCCUCCCCUGUACCUCUGUUCUGCCUUUCUCUGGCAGGUUACAGUUGGCAGUAUAGACAGCUACUCAGGACAGGAGGCACACGCCACCAAGUUCAGUGUGGAAUAGUAGAGCUACGCUGUUGUAGUCCUCUCCCUUACCCUCUUUCUGUUUGCUGCUUUGCCCUGGAGCUUUGCUUUCAGCUGGGAAAGCAGCUGUUGAGGGCUCUGGAUUGGGAACACAUCCCAUAUAAGAGGCCAUCACACAUCUAUGAUGCUGCUUUAAGGUUUCAGAGGCUAUACCUCACAUUUGCUGUGGAUUUUGUCUUCUGCACUGCCGGUAUGUAACCGAUCCUGCUUUUAUUAAUUUUGUGAAGAAGUACACAGAAUUUUUACAAAAAAAAAAAAACACAUAGUAUUUUGAUAUUAAGUAAGCCAGUUGGGAAACUCCCUAAGGUGUUGUUGGGUUGGUUGUCAGUUGAAGUUAAAAUCAUCCUUACCCAUUAAGACGUGAUGUUCUUUUUAUAUAAAAAAGUUACAUGCGUACAUGCAAGUUCCUAUGUCCAUAUGAACCUUUAAAGAUGUGUAUUGUGAGACUAGAAACAGUUUGUGGCUGCCAUCACUUCUGUGUAAAAGCACAGCGUACUGCGUUACGCUUCUAAUGUAGAGUGAUGUUAGGACAGCAAAUGCUCAGUGUUAUCAAAAUACUGUAUGUAUAGAAGUAAUCCCCUGCUACAGCCAGAGUUGCUGUAAGCAGUCACUCCCGUGAGUUUUAUAUUGUGCUUGUUGGGGUUCUAAUCAUUUCAGCCAUAGUAGCUUUUAAACCGCAGUAUUACUAUAGAAGUGUGCUUCAAAAUGUGACUUAACCUGUUGAGAUUGUGGCUGUAACAUCUUUGUGACUAGUGUGUAUGGUAUCCACUCCCUCAUAGCAAACUAAUCCAUCAUUAAGAAACCCAAGCAGUGUGUCCCUUGGGUGUAAACCACUGUAAAGUCUGUAGAGUAGCAGCUCAGCCUUGUCAGGUCUGGCACACUGCUGAAAACGCACAAAGGAAGUGAAAGUUUGCUACAAAAAAAAAAAAAAAAAAAAAAAAAAAAAAAAAAAAAACAGGACAUUGUGUGUGAACAUUUACUGGCUCUGGUCAAAACAGAGCAGAAAAUAGACACUAAGAAUCUCUGUGAAUGUCUGUUCUCUAUAGUAGACUGCUGUUUAUAUGUAUGUAAGAGUUUUAUUGCUUAUGUGGCAUACAAUAUUUAUAACUAUAUACUUUAUAGAAGUACAGUAUUAAAGUUGGUGGUAUACAUUCUGUACAUAUCCUGUGAAAUGUGCUCUCAUAUGAAAUAAAUAUAUGUCUUUACCACUA